AUGGGGCUUCCCAGGUGGCUGCUGCUGCUGCUGCUAAGUCGCUUCAGUCGUGUCCGACUCUGUGCGACCCCACAGACGGCAGCCCACCAGGCUCCCCCGCCCCGGGAUUCUCCAGGCAAGAACACUGGAGCGGGCUCCCAUUUCCUUCUCCAGCGCAUGGAAGUGAAGGUGAAGUCGCUCCGUCGUGUCCGAGUGUUAGCAGCCCCAUGGACUCCAGGCUCCUCCGUCCAUGGGGUUGUCCAGGCAAGAGUAGUGUCCCAGGUGGCGCUAGUGGUGAAGAAUCCGCCUGCCAACGCAGGAGACGCAAGAGAUGUGAGUUCAAUCCCUGGAAGGCAGAAUAUCCCUUGGAGUAGGAAAUGGCACCCCACUCCAGUAUUCUUGCCUGGGAAACCCCACUAG